AUGGGCGGACUGCCAGAAGGUCACACGGAUGAACAGUCAGAGGGUCACACGCGUGGAUUGUCAGAGGGUCACUCGGACGGACAGUCAGAGGGUCACACGGACGGACAGUCCGAGGGUCACACGCGUGGACUGUCAGAGGGUCACACAAACGAACAGUCAGACGGUCACACGCGUGGACUGUCAGAGGGUCACACGGACGGACAGUCAGAGGGUUACACGGGCGGACAGUCAGAGGGUCACACGGACGGACAGUCAGAGGGUCACACGGACGGACAGACAGAGGGUCACACGGACGGACAGUCAGAGGGUCACACGGACGGACAGUCAGGGGAUCACAUAGGCGGACAGUCAGAGGGUCACACGGGCGGACAGUCAACGGGUCACAUGGGCGGGCUGUCAGAGGGUCACACGGAAGGACAGACAUACAUAUGGGGUGAUUACUAA